GAUGUUGAAGGCGGCCAUCUUUGAAUCCUGCAUGUACGGAAGGUAAAGUGGAUCUUCUCUGCCCAAGUAUGCAGGGAUGGUUCGGGACCGUGAAGAACCCCAUAUUUUGGCACCUAAAUCCUGCGCUCAAGUUUCAUUUAUUUUUAGAGGCUCGCGCUUAGCCAAGACAAACACGGCAUGGGCUACGUGCACCUUAGCGGGCUGGGGAGAAAAGUCAUCCGCUUUGCACAAAGAAUGACGGGAAUGACACAAUGGGCGCGGCCAUCUUAGAAGUUAGGUGUCCGUACAAGUGAAAACGCUGUCUCCGCUGAGGAAAAAGCGCAAUCGCACCCUGAGUCAUAUACCGCGAAAACGCUUCUAACUACGUGGACAAGAGGAAGAUUUUUGAGGACAAAAAGCGUGUGGAGAAGCAAUUGAGGUACGAGGAUAUUGUUCACCCCGUCAACGGAAAGUGAAAAAACAGCGACCAGCUGGAACCUUAUUUACGUUUGAGGGACAUCACCGCCCAGUGCAGCUGGAACCAUCUAGUUGCAGGAAAACAAGCUCAGGGCUCCUACUGAUUCUACAUUAUGAGCUCACUGUCAUUCAAGGAUGUAGCUGUGGGUUUCACCUGGGAAGAAUGGUAGCUACUGGACCCUGUUCAGAAGAAUCUGUACCAAGAUGUGAUGUUGGAAAAUUAUAGCAACCUGGUAUCACUGGGGUAUCAAGUUGCCAAAGCAGAUGCAUUAUUCUGGUUGGAGCAAGGAAAACCAUGGAUACUAGAGGAAGAAAUCCAGAGUCAGGUUUGUCCAGAAGAUGUCUGGCAAUUCAAUGAUCACACAGAAUGGCACCGAGAAAACCAAAGCAGCCUUGAAACUAUGGAGAGGCACCACAAAUAUCAUACAUUUGGCAAAAUAAUAUCUCAUCUGAGCUCCAACCUUCAUACCCCUUUUGUACUUGGGAAACACCUGAAUCCUAAUCUAGAGUACUUUAUUCGAAAUAGAAGCUAUGCAAGAAAUGAAGGUGAAUGUAAUGGAUAUGACGAAGUUUUUCUUUAUCCUAAGCGUGAGAAAAUUAAUGCUGAGGAGAAAUACAGUGAAUAUAAUGAAUGUGUAAAGGCUUUCAGUCAUAAGUCACAGCUCAUAACAUGCUGGAAACCUCAAAAACGAGAGAAACAGUAUGACUGCAGUGACUAUGGGAAAGCCUUUUCCCAGAAGUCGGACCUCAUUAAGCAUCAAAAAACACACACAGGAGAGAAGCCCUGUGGAUGCAGUAGAUGUCAGCCAGCCUUCAGCAGGAAGUCCUGUCUCAUUUUAUACCAGAGAACCCAUACAGGAGAGAAACCUUAUGAGUGCAAUAAAUGUCGGAAAGCUUUUACUGAUAAGUCAUGCCUUAAUAAACAUCAAAUAACUCACACAGGAGAGAAGUGCUUUGAGUGUCGUAUAUGUCAGAAAGGUUUUAGUGAUAAGUCAAAACUCACUUUACAUCAAAUAACUCAUACCAGAGAGAAACCCUAUGGAUGCAGCAAAUGUCAGAAAAGCUUCAGCAAUAAGUCACAGCUCAUGAGCCAUCAGAGAGCUCACAUAGGAGAGAAACCCUAUGGUUGUGAUGAAUGCGGGAAAACAUUCCACCUUAAGUUUAGCCUCAUUUUACAUAAAAAAACCCAUACCGGGGAAAAACCAUAUGGGUGUAAUGAAUGUGGGAAAGCCUUCAUCCAGAGAUCAGAGUUCAGUAGACAUCAGAGAACUCACACAGGAGAGAAACCGUAUCACGGCAGUGAAUGUGGAAAAGGCUUUAGUGUAAAGUCAUUCCUCAGUACUCACUGGAGAACUCAUAUGGGAGAGAAAGCCUAUGGAUGCAAUGAAUGUGGGAAAAUGUUCUCCAUCAAGUUUAGUCUCAUCCUACACCAGAGAACUCAUACAGGGGAAAAACCCUAUGAAUGCAGUCAGUGUCAGAAGGCUUUCAGCCAAAAGUCACACCUGAAUAUUCAUCAGUGGUCUCACACUGGAGAGAAACCUUACGAAUGUGGAGAAUGUCACAAAGCCUUCAGCCGGAAGUCCUAUCUCCUGAUCCAUCAGAUAAUUCACUCGGGAGAGAAACCUUAUGAAUGCCUUGAGUGUGGGAAGACUUUCUCUCGUAAGUUUAGUCUCACUACUCAUCAAAGAAUCCAUACAGGGGAGAAACCCUAUGGAUGUAGUGAAUGUGGGAAAACUUUCCCCAUCAAGUUUAGCCUGGUUUUACAUCAGAAAACACAUACAGGAGAGAAACCCCACGAAUGCAGCAAAUGUCAGAAAUCUUUUGCCCAGAAGUCACAUCUUAUUAUACAUCAAAGAAUGCAUGUAGGUGAGAAACCUUACAAAUGCACUGAGUGUUGGAAAACCUUCUCCCGCAAAUUCAGCCUCAUUCUACAUCAGAAAACACACAAAGGAGAGAAAUAAUAAAUGGAGUGAAUAUCUGAAAGUUUGCAGUGAGAAGAGCUAGCUCAUUAUACCACAAGGUUAAUAUAGGAGUGAAACCUCAAGGCUGCAGAAAACGUGAACAAACUUUAAUUUCAAGUUUACACAUCAUUUCUUAUCAGAGAAUAGUGUUGGGCAUGAUGCCAGUCAGGAAGUAAUACUUUUUCCAAUAAAUGUCAAUUGAAUAUAAGCCAGUGGGAACAAACAGGAAGGAACAUCUAUGUAUAAUUGAUUGUGGGAAUGUUGCUGGCAUAAAAUGCAGUUACAUCAGUUUCAGAUAAUUGACACCAAGGGAGAAUUUCUGUACUUUAGGUGAGGUGCAGUGACUCACACUGAUAAUCUCACACUUUGGAAGGCCAAAGUGGAAGGAUCGUUUGAGCUCGGGGGUUCAAGACCAACGUUUUCAACAUGGUGAAACCCUGUCUCUACAAAAAA